GUGGUUUUUUCGCAGGUCGAAGAAUACACGAGGAUGUUGAGACCGGUUGACUGGAACGCCGUUGCAAGUUCAGCAAAGCACCACGCCGCAGUGAGCCCGAUCUCACUACGCUGCACAGUAAGACAUCGAUGGUCAGUCUGUUGAGGAUGCAGGAACGGAGAGUAAAGCAACAACAUGUCAUCAAAGACAUGCUGCUUUUAAAGAGAACGGGGCAGUACGACUGCGCCACGACGUUUAACUACGCCAGCGGGAGUGUAGUAGAUAUGGCGUUCAAGGAAUCAACAUUCAAGCUGGCGGUCGCCAAUGUCACAACUCAGGACAUCUACAACCGUCAGGGCAACCUUCUUCAUUGCGACCUCGAGAGGGGCAUCACAAAGCGUCUGCAUGGACACUGGCGGCAGGGUGAAGAUCCAGAACAGCAGCUCACAUAUACAGUCAACGACAUCAAGCUCUCAUACUCAAAAGAUUUCUUCAUUUCCGGGGCAGAUGACCGCCGAACAAUGAUCUGGAAUGCAGAAACAGGAGCGCAUACCAGCACGUUCAGCGACUGUCAAUUCAAGAUCAAUCGAGUGGCGAUCAUGGAGGACUCUGUUUACCAUCAAGACGUUUUCGCCACCUGCUCCUCAGAUGGUUCUAUCGAUAUCGCUGCAUUGGAUGAGACGGGUCAAGUGGCAGUGAGAAAUCGACCGUUGGUCGUACCUGGCGGAAGGAGAGGUAUUUCUAGUAUCAGUUUCGGCUAUGGUCACUUUUGGGACUGUCUGGCGGCAGGACUGGAGGGAUUAAAUAACGGCCUCAACAACGAUGGCAUGCAGGGACAGGUAACACGCACAACUAACGCAAAUAUGGAGAAAAGGGUGGUUUCACAAAAAAACUCUAAUUACUUAUUUGAUGGCUUCCUUGAAACGUUAGGUGGCAUUUUAUGACGCAAAUUCGCUAACAAGAGUGGCAAUUGGGGAUUUGGGUUUCCGGCAUGUCGCCUCUGCUCCGACGUCAAGGAGUGUCUCUUGUUUGUCCUUUUCGUCAACAGGAAAACAUCUUGUGUGCGGUACUUCUGGCAGAACCAUCGCAGAUGACGAGCAGGGCGACGGCAUCGUGCGAGUUUUUGAUGUUGAACGAGCCAAGGUAGUCCAGCAAGCCUUCUCAAACCAUGAUGACGUGAACCUGGUCGAAUUC